UUAGUUUGGUUUUAACAACCGGUGAGAGAAUCUAUUCACCCAUCAAAGUAGGAAAAACUGCUUUUGUAUUUAUGCAAUAGUUGCAAAUUACAAUGUCUACAUUUCAAUUUUUUGUUAACGGAGACUGGAUCGAGUUUGAUGACUUUGACGUGGACUGGAGUUUAGCUCAUGCCUUGCGAGACCGGCUUGGACUGACUGGUACCAAAAUCGCUUGUGGGGUGGGUGGGUGCGGAUCGUGCACAGUUUUGGUGUCAAGAUUCAAUAAACAUUCUCAGUCAUUUCGACAUUUUCCUGUCAACGCAUGCAUAACUCCAAUUUAUUCUGUGUACGGGUGUCACAUUUUGACCGUCGAAGGUCUGGGAUCUUCCGAUAAGAAAUUGGUAGAACCUAUCCAGGAUGCAAUGGUUCGAGGAAAUUCUACACAAUGCGGUUUUUGCAGUCCUGGGAUUGUGAUGUCAGUAUUUGCAUUUCAAAAUCAAUUGCGCGGAGAUGCGACUAUGUCGGACAUAAAAACCGCUUUGCAAGGGAACCUGUGUCGAUGUACCGGUUAUCGACCGAUUUUGGACGCAAUUCAGCAGUGUUCAAAGCAAUGUUCAGAGUGUCCAGAACCUUGUUCAGAAAACACUAACGAUAUUGAAGACCAAGUGGGGAACAAUCUAAUUCGAUGUCAAAGAGCUUCACAACAAGACCCACAAUUUGAAGAAGUUCGGAAAGUUGACACUUCUAGUAAAAAAGUGUUCAACAUAGAAAAACUUAUUGUCGAAUUUGUCAGUACUCAAACGCAAAAGAAAAGUCUACAGUUUGAAACCCCAUUUGGAAAUUGGUUUGUUCCUCGUAAUUUGAAAAAGCUGAAAUCGCUCUUGCCUGAAUACCCUAAAGCAAAACUUGUUGGCGGUUGUACUUCCAAGCCAAUUCAACUAAUUCCUAAAGGUUUCGAUACCUACGACACGAUCGAUCUAUGUGAAAUUGAAGAGCUUAAAAUCGUCAAGUUAGAAGAUAGUUGCUUAAACCUUGGAGCUGCUUUGACGAUUAGUGAAGCGGAGUUUGAAGUUGACAAUAUUAUAAAAAUAUUACCAGAUGAACAAGCAUCAAUUUUAAAAUGCCUUAAAAACUGCUUCCACUCUUUUGGUUCUGCGCAAAUUCGGAACGUUGCGACAAUUGGAGGAAGUUUGUCAAACCCAUCUAAUUAUUCUGACCUACAAACAUUUUGCAACGGAUUUGGGGUAGUGGUAUCGUACUUGAAGCUUUCCGAUGACGAUGAUGUCAAUAAUCAACGCAUAAUAUCACACAUUGGCAUUCCCCUGACGUAUCAGAAGGAGAAGGUUUGGUUUGAAAAAAUUAGCAGAAGGACAGACUGUGCCCCUGCUAUUUUAAAUGUGGCAAUCAAGCACGUACCGGACUCUGAGACAACUCUAACUUUCGGAGGAUUAGCCAUCCAGCGCUUCAAGACUUGUUUGGAGGGGCUUGAAUCAUCAGAAAACUUUUCAACACUGGAAGAACAGAUACAACUCAAUUUUGUACGUGAUUCUUUACACGACUUGAAGUACAUUCAAGUAUUGGCGAAAAAUAUACUGCUGAAAUUCAAAGAAUGGGUCGACAAUGGAUGUUCAGACAACAAUGUGCAAGAAUCCAAUUUUAAAUCAACCCAACUAUUUCAACAUGUCGAGGUGGUUGGUACAAGUAACGACCUCGUCCAUAGAUCCGUCCCACAUGCUUCUGCCUACAAGCACGUUACUGGAGAAGCAAAAUUUUGCGACGAUGUUACCAAAUUUCACAACGAGUUGGAGAUGGGACUUGUGUUAAGUACGAAAGCUCAUGCAAAAAUCGUGAACAUCGACUACACGAAAGCACUGGAGUUGGACGGUGUGGUUGGUUACGUGUGCAGUCAAGAUUUAUCUUCUGACUGCAACAAGUUCGGACUUAUAGAAAGAGACGAAGAAAUAUUUUCCUCAGAAAAGGUGACAGCAAGAGGACAAAUAAUUUGUGGUAUUUUAGCAAAUGAUAGAUCUACAGCCAAAAGAGCCGUAGAAUUGGUGACCGUUGAGUAUGAAGAAAUUAGUCCAGUAAUUUUAACAAAUGAGGACGCUAUUAAUCAUAACUCUUACUAUGAAAAUCAUGGAUCCAUCAUGAAAGAUGGUGAUUGCAAACCAAUUUUUGAAACCAGCCCCAAUGUGGUUUCAAGCGAAGUUAAGAUUGGGUCACAAGAGCAUUUUUACAUGGAAGCACAAAGUUGCAUUGCUAUUCCAAAGGGGGAAGAUGGAGAAAUGGAAUUAAUUUCAUCCACUCAAAAUCCCACUGGCGUACAAAUGCAAGUUGCACAAUGCUUAAAUGUGCCUGCAAAUAGAAUUACAGUGAAAGUCAAACGAAUUGGAGGUGGGUUUGGGGGGAAAGAAGUUCGAUGCCUGCUCGUCGCCUUGCCAUGUGCGGUUGCAGCCAAAAAAUUUGGGAAGCCUGUGCGCUGCAUAUUGGACAGGGAGACUGACAUGCGAGUCAGUGGGAAGCGUCACUUUUAUCUUUCGAAGCAGAAAAUCGCUUUCUCCGAUGAAGGAAAGUUGCAAGCUCUGGAAAUAUCCGUCUAUGCCAAUGCUGGGAAUUCAUUAGAUGUUUCAAUGGCUCCAAUUGAGCGAGUAAUGUUGAACUUGGACAACGCUUACAAAAUUCAUAACUUUGACUACAAGGGAUAUGUUUGUAAAACAAAUAUCCCAUCAAAUUCUGUUAUGAGAGGCACAGGUGCACCUCAAGCAGCGUUUUUAGCGGAAAAUAUCAUGGACACUAUAGCCGCAACUUUGGGGAAAGAUCCAGUUGAGGUAAAACAAAGUCAGUUGUACAACGAAGGUGAUUACACUCAUUAUGGUCAAAAAUUGGACAAUUGCAAUGUGCGAAAGUGCUGGGAGCAGUGCCUCCAACAGUCCAACUAUUUUGAGACACGGGCGAAGAUUAACGAGUUCAAUAGCCAAAAUAAAUACCUGAAACGAGGCAUUUCAAUGAACCCAUGUCAUUAUGGAGUAGGAUACACCGCACUGCACUUGAAUCAAGGAAGUGCUCUUGUGCAUAUUUACACGGAUGGUUCCGUGCUAAUAACUCACGGUGGGGUCGAGCUAGGUCAAGGCGUUCAUAGUAAAAUGACUCAAAUUGCUACAAGAGAGCUGGGAAUAGCAGCCUCAAAGAUUCGAAUAACUGAAACCUCCACGGAUAAAGUUCCGAAUACGACGCCCAGUAGCGCCUCUGUUACUUCUGACGUCAACGGGAUGGCUGUCAUGAAUGCAUGUCGAGAACUGGUCGCCAGACUUCAGCCGUACUGGAUCGAGAAUCCUGACAACUCUUGGGAAGAAAUGGUGAACAAGGCGUACAUGGACAGGGUGAGCCUCACUGCGACAGGGUUUCACAAAGAUGCUGACAUGGGGUGGGAUGGGAAAAGAGGAUCCCCUUGGAAUUAUUUUUCGACAGGAACUGCCUGUACUGUUGUUGAACUAAACUGUUUGACUGGAAAGUUUCAAAUUCUGAAAACCAACAUUGUUAUGGACGUAGGACAAAGCUUAAAUCCCGGUAUCGACAUUGGUCAAAUAGAAGGUGCGUUUGUUCAAGGAAUAGGACUGUUCAUGUUGGAGGAAGUGAUAAUUAAUGAAAAUGGCGAGCUGAUUUCGGCGGAUCCGUCAACAUAUCACAUUCCGACGUCUUCAGACGUUCCUCAAGAGUUUAACGUUACAUUGUUAACUGGUUCCGCAAAUCCAAAAGCAGUUUAUUCUAGUAAAACGGUUGGUGAACCACCAAUACUGCUAGCAACCUCUGUAUUCUUUGCAGUGAAAGAUGCCAUCAGAUCAUAUCGCAAGUCAAUUGGUGCAGAAUUGGUGUUUGAUAUGGAUUCACCUGCCACUAUUCAAAAAAUACUAAUGGCAUGCCAAAAAACGAAUAGUUCAUCAGAUGUGGACACAUCACAUAAGGUCACAACCGGUACUAACUACUAGUCCAGCAAAUAAACUGAUUAUCUAUUGAUUCUAUAAUAUCAUACAAA